AUGGAAACCAGACACACCCCUUCUUCGGGAACUUUACUAGUCAGGAGCGGCAAAGGAUGCUCGGCCACGCGAUCUUUAGAACCUCAGCAUGAUUUCCAUUGCGAUGCUCUGGUAGAUUGUGUUAAUAAAUACAAAUCGGAAGCCGAAUUAAUACCGUCACAACCCGGACUCAAAUCAUGGCAGUGGCAGUGGAGUGGGUUCGUAGCACCAACAUGCACACUGCGUCAACAGCGUUUGAACAUGGCGAGCAAAGGUUACAUGAUCUGGACCUGUGAUCGAGCACUUCCAGAGGAAACUAUCGAAUAUAUUCAAAAUACAAUUGGACGGCGAAGACUAUAUGGGGCAGUUCUUAACGACACGAACACAACAACCCCUAACGACGCGAAAGCAACGUAUAACUGCGCAGAAGACUGGAAAAAAGACUGGAAAAAAUACCGAAACGAAUGGGAAAAGAUUCUCAUGGAUGGUAGUCGGUUUGGGACAGUCCUUACAGCCAGCCUUCCUAGCAACCAUCCAGAACCUUACUUUUGGCAAGGCCCCCUGGUCAGACGAUUUAUAAAAAAUAAAUCACCGUCUAAAUUGAUGAAAGCUCAACCAUGCCCAGAAUCUAUUGCAUUCAUCAAACCAUUAGAUGAGGCGUUGAGUCCCACCAAUGGAAUGUUCAAGAUAUACCGGGGCUCGGAGCAUCUUCAGACGGAGGAAGAACUCAGAGCCAGUGGAAUUCCUGGUGAGACAGUUUUCAUUGCAAGGAAUCAAUUAUUGGUAAUUAGACCAGUGUGGGUGGAGACAAGCGAUGAAGGGGGCGCGAUAUUCUUGUGGGCAGGCUAUUCAUCCCAUUUGAUUGAACUUUAUGACUAUAAAGCGCGAGAUUUUAUUCAGGCUGCAUAUACCGGUGGUAUGAUGGACUAA